UUCCUGCGAUAUCUCCUCCACACGUUGGACACGUUCGUGGAGAGCGACUACACUCUGGUGUACUUCCACUUCGGCCUCCACUCCCGCAACAAGCCGUCCAUUCGGUGGCUGUGGACGGCGUUCCGCGCCUUCGACCGCAAGUACAAGAAGAACCUGAAGGCGCUGCUCCUCGUGCACCCGACCUCUUUCGUGCGCCUCCUCUUCAACGUGUUCCGCCCCGUCAUCAGCGCGAAGUUCGGCCGCAAAAUCCACUACAUCUCGCAUUUGGAGGAAUUGCAAGCAUUUCUUCACUUCAAACAACUCUUUCUUCCGAAACAACUCUUGGACCACGACCGCAAAGUGGCCAAACGCAGUCGGCAGAGCGCCGCCGCCCAAACACUCGGCGCGCAGAUCCCAAACACACAGCAAUUCCGAGUUUCGCUCCAAUUUCUGAAGGCCAACAACGCGAUGGACGCCAUUCCGCGCGUCGUGCGCACGUGCGUCGCCUUCCUCGACAACGAGCGCGCGCUGCAGACGGAGGGACUGUUCCGCCGCUCGGCCAACGCCUCGACAGUGCGGGAGCUGCAGACGCGCUUCAACGCCGGCCUUGAGGUGGACUUCGAGGCGUUCGCCGACGAGGACAGCGGCGUGCACGUGGCGGCCGCGCUCCUCAAGUCCUUCCUGCGCGAGCUGGAGGAACCGCUGCUGUCGUUCGACCUCUACGAUGACGUCAUCGACUUCCAGGCCAUCACCACGAAGGCGGAGAAAGUGGCGGUCGCGCGCUCCCUCGUGUGUCAGCGCCUCCCCCCAGACAACCACCAACUGCUCGCCUUCAUCGUGGAGUUCUUGGGUCACGUGAUGGACCGCUCGGACCUGAACAAGAUGACGGCCUCGAACCUGGCCAUCGUGUUCGGGCCGAACCUGCUUUGGUCGGACGCGCGCGAGGCCUCCCUCACAUCAAUUACGUCGAUCAACCAUUUCGUCGAGUUUUUAUUGCGAAAUAAACACAUUUUCGAAAACGCGCACGGCACCGUGAACGAGUCCAGGCCCGCCAACACCCACUCGGCGCCCGUCCAGCACUGCAGCGGUCCGCCGGAGUCGCCGUUGCAGAUGCCGCGCCCCUCUUCGCCGCCCGCGCACAACUGCUUCGGCGAAAUGCGCGCUUUCUGGCCGUAG